AUCUGUGUAGCCCCAGCAGCGCCACCUGUCAGUGUCCAUCAGUGCCAGUUCUGUGCUCAUCCAUGCCACCUGCCAGUGCCACAUCAGUGCCACAUCUCAGUGCCCAGUGCCACAUCAAUGCCACAUAUCAGUGCCCAUCUGAGCUGCCUUUCAGUGUCACCCAUCAGUGCCAGUCAGUGCCACCUAUCAAUGCCAGUCAGUGCCACCUAGCAGUGCUGCCAAUCAGUGCCACCUAUCAGUGCCAGUCAGUGCCGCAUAUCAGUGCCGCCACCAUCAGUGCCACCUAACAGUGCCAGUCAGUGCCGCCUAUCAGUGCUAGUCAGUGCCGCCUAUCAGUGCCAAUCAGUGCCGCCUAUCAGUGCCAUAUAUAAGUGCUGCCUUUCAGUGCCCAUCAGUGAUGCCUGUCAAUGCCCAUCAGUGCCACCUACCAGUGCCUCCUCAUCAGUGCCCAUCAGUGCCACCUAUCAGUG